AUGGAGGGAGUUGAAACCGUGGAUGUCAGCUGGCUUCAUCACACGCAGAAAGAUAAUUUGUCUCGGUGCAAGUCAGCAUCCUCUGUCGUUAGCGAUCGGUCGAAUAUCGACUGCGAGACCUCCGUCGCAUCGAAAUCGAACCCGGAGAGGACAGCCUCUGUCGAUCGAAGACUCGCGCAACCUCCCCAAGCGCAGCCAGCACCGACGACGGAAACUAAACCUAACUCUCAGACGGAAGAUGAUGCGAAACCCGACGACAAACCGGCAGAUGGGAAAAGUGCCGGGACGACGCCGCCCCUUCAAAAGAGUGCGCCGAAGCCGAUUGCCGGGAGGAGGAACUCAUGGAUCUCAAGCUUAAGUUCCAAGUUUUCUUCGGGGUCGACGCCUCCGUCGCAGUCUAGUUUCAAGGCACAACCCAGCCCCAAGACUAACUCGCCGGCCUCAAAACUCGAUAUGCACAAUCCGUUUGGUGCCGCUUAUUCUCCCAGAGAAAAGGAGGACGAGAAGAAGGAUGAUCAUAACUCGGUCGCUUCGACGUCUCCUAAGGGGCCUUCGUUCCUUCACAAUGCGUUUCGGAAGCUCUCGGUUGGCGCUGGUGGAUCGGGGCGGUCGACUCAGAACGGCACUAUUUGUGAGCGCCGCGUGAUGAACCUUGACCAGGACCGGGACCGCUGCAAAAUCCCGGAUCUAAAUCAGGCCAAACUACGUCGUGUUGCUUUCUCGGUCGAUGUCGAGAUUGCUGGGAUUUCUCGCCGAGAGUCCGAUGAAGAAACCCCUUCUGCGAACAGCAAGCGACGGAUAGUCCCCAAUUCGAAUGGCCAGAAGGUCAAAAGAUCGAACUCGAAAUCCAAAGAACGAGACGAGGCUUCUACUCUGAAACAUCCGCAGGCAGCGGCAGUCGAUAAGGAUAAGCAAAGUUCAGAUAAUAACACCAGUCCCUCCAAAACCGCAUCCGUAUCAGAGAACUCCCAGAAUGACGCCAAACCAGCAGGAGAGAGCAAGGAACCUACGCGAAAGCAGGAGAAAAAGAAGCGGUCCGAGGAGGAAAGAAGAGAACGAAGAGAACGAAAACGGAGACAAGCCGAGGCGAACGGCUCGAUACCAAUGCAGCUGACUGCUGAUGACGAAGAUGACACUCGACCACCUGUACCUGGCGUCUCGCGCGCUAAAACACAAAGUCAUCCCACAACCGAUCCUGUCCGAAUCUACCGACGGUGCUGUCAGCUACGGGAGACGCCAGUCCUGAAGAGAAUUGUCGACGAGAUAUCUUCGCCAUCCUCCACCCUUGCAGAAUCUCCAGGCACCGUUGGUGUUCUUGACUUGACCAACUUCCCCAUGACCUCCCAGGAUACUGCCACCUUCAGCGACUGGCUGGCAGUCGUUCCAGUUCGAAAACUUAUCCUUGAUAAAUGUGCUUUGACAGAUGACUCGGUGCGGGCGAUUCUUGCUGCCCUUCUCUCGACGAAAUCUGCCGAACACAUGAGAAACAGGCGCAGACGAACCCGAAAGUCCGACCCUCAAACUUUAGGGAGGCAAGAGCGGUUCAGCGUUGUGGAGAGAUUAUCGCUGAAGGACAACCCCAAAAUUGGCAAAGAAGGAUGGCGCCACAUCUGUCUCUUUAUCCACCUCUCAAAAUCUUUGAAGGCCAUUGACUUGUCGGGCAUUCCAUUUCCAAAGUCGCCUGCUACGCUCAACGAUGCCAGCCCUACCGAUAAGCCUCUUGAUCUUGCAGCUACGUUCGCUAAUUCACUUGCUGAACGCUUUGGCGGCGAUCACUUGGAAGAGUUGUUGAUGAGCGAAUGUAAACCCACCACAGAGGGGGUCAAGAAGAUUUGCGAUGCAGCCACAACCGUUGGCUUGAGAAGGCUCGGCUUUGCCAACAACGAACUGACAAGGGAGGGCUUAGAGCAUAUCGUUCGCUGCUUCAAAUCAGGAAAAUGCGAGGGAUUGGACCUGGGUGGAAACGCCAUCUGUGAUCAUUUAGAUUUGAUUACUUCCGCCAUUGAGCAAGGCCAGCCGCUGUACGCGCUCAGUCUGGCAGAUUGUGCCCUGACACCAUCUGCCAUAUACCCACUAUUCCAGGGAUUGACUCGCCUCUCGGAUCUCCGGUUCAUUGAUUUUUCCCAUAAUCCGGAACUUUUUUCGAGGCAGCCAGAUGCACUAGCAACAUUCAGGCGCUUCCUGCCGAAGAUGCCUUCGCUUAAACGAAUUCACUUGGCUGAUGUGAAUAUUUCUGCGGACCAUGCCAUUGCUCUUGCAGAAGUGCUUCCGGAAUGUCCAAGUUUAUGCCACUUGAACAUCUUGGAGAACCCAUCGAUCACAUCACUGGCCGCUGCGACCGACCCAGCUAGCCAGGAGGAAGCUUGUGCCGUUUACGCUUCCCUGAUGGCAGCUGUGCGGGUGUCGCGGUCCAUCAUAGCGGUUGAUAUUGAAGUACCCAGCGCAGAAAACAACGAAGUUGUCAAGGCUCUUGCAUCUCAGAUCGUGGCCUACUGCCUUCAGAACCUGGAACGGGGUGCUAUCGAAGCGGAACUUUCUGAACCGGCCGACACCUCGGCGACACGGGACACGGUACCGGUGCCAGAGAUUCUACAGCAUAUUGUCGGAAUCAAUGGUGGGGAUGAACCUUGUGAGGAGGAUGAUGAACCCGCUCCUGAUGAGGAUUAUGUUAUUGGAGGUACGGGUGUCGUUAAAGCUCUCGGUGUUUGUCUCGGAAACCUGGACCAUCAUUUGCCAGGAGAUCAGUCCGGUCCUCCUAGCGGUACGACGACGCCUAGACACAGAAGGUCCAGGCCCUACAUGACCAAGCGUCCUCGCGACAUGUCAAAGAAUCUACUGGAUUCGGCUCGGAAUAUUCGGACUAGGAUUCAGUCGGCUCUUGUUCGUGAGGACAAAGCCGGGAACGACGCUAACUACAGACGUCUCCAGUUCCUUGACUUCACGUUGCACAGGAUGAUCCAGCGAUUCGAGGAUGAAUACCCCGAGACGCGCAUUGUCCCGCAGCCCGUUAUAUCUGUCAACGCAGAAACAAGCUCUCAAAACUCCGGCGAGGGCGGGAAUGGGCUACUUGUUCCUGGCAUCCGACCUUUCGCCAAUUCGGCCGAUGAAACUGCUGUCGAUGACGAGGACACCGAUCAAUAUGCCGUCCGACUCUCUCGAUCCAGCUCGAUCACAUCUUUCCACUCGCGGGCGUUGACAUCCGAGGAAGGUCAUGCACACCGUCUUGGACAAAACAUCCGGCGCGGAUUCCUUAGUCCAAAUUGGGAUCCAGCGGACGAAGAUUCCUGCCUCUCCAAUGAUUCCCACGUGUCCGCCCUUCGCGAGAAGCUCGAUCGUCUGCAUGAAGACCAGGCCCGGUCCCAUUUCGAGAGCGUCGGAGCGGACAAAGCUUUCGGGGAGCUUGGCUCGACCGUGGAUGAACUGUGGGCAAUUCAGAGACAAGAUACCGAGGCGUUUGAGAAAUUCAAACAGAGCCAGAUUGCUGCUCAGAUCAAUAGCGGGAAAAGACCCGCCUCUCCGAUGCCCGGCCAUGGGAGCCAGUCUCACCAGGCUACGCCGGAGGGAUCAUCAUCAUAA